CAAACACACGCACACGCCUUAACGCCGCACAUCCAGUGUUCGUUGGAAUUGUGGGUACCGCAAGCGUGUGUAACUGUUGAUAUAUAUAUAUAUAUAUACAUAUACUGUCAAGCAUUACGGUUUGGGUGAAUUUUUUUUGCUCCGCCGACGUUUAGUGUUCUUCGAGUCCUCUCAGUAUUCGCGCCCACUCGUCCCCCGAAGGAAUAUUAGUGUAAUCGGUGGCGUAUAUAGUUACGCGUCGUCGCACAGUAUCAUACGAUUAUCGGCGAGAAGUAUACCUCAGCUACGCUACACAAACCGAUACAAUAUCGCAUUUAUUUAUUAUAUUAUAGUAUAUUAAAUUCGCGGGCGCCGAACCGAAUACUCGUAAUGUCUUUCUUUCAAGAAGAGAACGAUGAGUACGAGGAUGUGAGCACUGUUAUGGUUCGAAACUCACAUCUAGAUCUCAUGGAUCAAGAUAUAUUGUACCAUUUGGCUCUAGGGAGUGGUUCACAUGACUUAAGAGCCAUGUUCGGUGAUGUCAAGUUUGUGUGUAUGGGUGGGACUCCAAAACGUAUGGAACAAUUCGCUUAUCGAUUGAUGGAAGAAAUAUCUUACAAAAUACCUACAGGUACCACGUUGCAGGACAUCAGUCGAUAUUCGUACAGAUACUCUAUGUACAAAGUUGGCCCCGUUUUAUGUAUAAGUCAUGGGAUGGGCAUGCCUUCAGUUGGAAUUCUUUUACACGAGAUCAUCAAGCUGAUGUUCCACGCAAAAGUCGUAGAUCCUAUCUUCUUUAGGAUAGGUACAAGUGGUGGUAUCGGGCUGGAAGGUGGAACUGUGAUCAUUUCUGACGAGGCUGUGGACGGAACUCUCCAACCACACCUGGAAUUACAAAUUCUGGGCAAGACUGUGAAAAGAAGUUCAGUCCUUGAUAAAAAACUGCAGUGGGAGUUAAAAUCGCUAGCGGAACCAGACGACCCGUAUCCUACAGUGAUUGGCAAGACCGUGUGCACUAGUGACUUCUAUGAAGGCCAAGGACGUAUGGAUGGAGCAUUUUGCGACUUCACAGAAGAAGAAAAAAUGGAAUACUUAGAAAAAUUAAAAUUUAAUGGUGUAAGGAACAUCGAGAUGGAAUCUUUAGCUUUCGCAGCACUCACGCACCAUGCGGGGAUUAAAGCAGCUGUGGUAUGUGUCACCCUUUUGGACCGGCUGAAAGGAGAUCAGAUCCACUACCCCAAAGAGGUGUUGGACGAAUGGCAGCAGAGACCCCAAAAACUGGUGUGCCGUUACAUAAAGAAAUACCUGUCAAAACGGGGCUUGAUAUUAAACAACCAUUGCGGGUCGGUGAACGUCAAGAGCCCGAGAAGGUUCAAGCUCGUCCAACAAGAAUCUGAAAGUUAUGACUAAAUCAAACAAUACAAAAUAAUACGCUUUCGGAUGUGCGCCCAAACACAAUACGUCUAUAUAAUAUUAAACCAUAACUGUGUUGACGAUAAAAUACUACCUAUCUAUAUACAUGAUAAUAUUAAUACAAUUUACGCGGGUUCGUGUUAAAACAACGCUAUUUUAUUCCAAUUUUCUUCUUUUUUAAGACUUUUUUCAUACUUUCUAUCAUUAUAUUAUAUCUUUAUAUCAUACAC